AUGAAAUCUAUUUACAUUGUAUCGCUCUUGCCACUUGCUGCCUGUGUGCCCUUAAGAGGUUAUUUGGAUGUGCCGCCUCAAGAAAAGUAUCAAGUUGUGGCUGAGAACGAGCCGGCAGUAACUGCGAUGAUGACGACGUGGGAGUCGCUUAUAAGUAAUGCCAAAACCGCCAGGACUCUUGUGAAAUCCGAGGUCAAGGAGCACUUUGUCAAGAAGCCGAAAGCCCAUUGGGCUGCUUUGUGGCACGAAGGGAGUCCUGGAGGACGCAGAGUUAAUGUCGCUGGGGAGGUCUACUCAGACGAAUUCAAUGAGGAUACUAGCUCAGAAUCCGAGAGUGAUGAUGACGGAGACGAUGAUGAUGCUGAUAACGACGACGAUGACGACGACGAUGGCGGCGAAGAAGCUGAAAACGGUACUCACUAUGCAACUGAACGGCAUCGUGAAUCUCGACCAGCCUAUCUCAAGGGUAGUGGCCGAGGCCUCCGCUACAGGCCAUUUACCGGACCCCGUUUACGCCCUCGAGGCUACGAGAAGAGAACAGCGACGAAAAUGGAAUUCUAG